AUCAUAGUAUUUGUUUACUUAAGCAAAAUGAAAGUGUUCAUUGUGUUGGCAUUGAUUGUGGCUACGGCCUCUGCGGGUUUUGUCACCCCAUCUCAAGAAGCUGUACACCCACGUGAUUUGGCCGCUAUUCUGGCACAGCCCGAAGGUAUUCAGGGUCGCAUUACCAAUGGCAAAGAUGCCGCAGAGGGUCAGUUCCCCUAUCAGGUUGGUUUGAGCUUCAGCAGCAGCAACGGCGGUUGGUGGUGCGGUGGUUCUCUGAUCGACAACACCUGGAUUUUGACUGCUGCUCACUGCACAAGCGGCGCCACCGGUGUGACCGCUUACCUCGGCGCUACUGUUCGUACCAGCCCCAAGCUGUCGUAUACCGUUAAUAAGAGCAACUUUGUGCAACACAAGAGCUACAGCUCGCUGACCCUUGCCAAUGACAUUUCGCUGAUUAAGAUCCCAUCCGUAUCUUACUCCAGUUACAUUUCCAAGAUUGCCUUGCCCAAGAUCUCCUCCUCGUACUCCACUUACUCUGGCGUUAAAGCUAUUGCUUCUGGUUGGGGACUCAUCAGUGACUCGGCCGCCGCUGUUAACUCCAAAUUGCAAUAUGCUCAAUUGCAAGUUAUUGACAACAGUGUCUGCGCCAAGACCUACGGUUCGUUGACCGUUACCUCGAAGACUAUUUGCACUGCUACGCCUAGUGGUACCUCUACCUGCAGCGGUGACUCUGGCGGACCAUUGGUGGCUGAUGGUGUUCUCAUCGGUGUAACCUCGUUUGUGCACAAGAAAGGUUGCCAAUCUGGCGCUCCAGCUGGUUUCGUGCGCGUCACCUACUUCUUGGACUGGAUAAAGCAGAACAGCGGCGUUGCUAGCUAAAUUUUGAUUGAAAAGGAAUAACUGUCAAAAUAAAUGAUUGAUUAAUUGCGAAAAAAAUAA